CGGACCGGAAUUACGUACAUCUGCGUCAUGACGUCAGAGUGCGGAAGUGGUGUUUGUUGUGGGCAGUGCUCUCUGCACAGAGAGUGGUCAGUAACAGAACAAACAUGUCUGUCUGUUGUUGCUUUAAUGUUCGCUGUUUUUAAAGGACCGUGUGAUGUUGAUGAAGCCUGAAGAGACGAAGAGACGCCAGGAGUCAGGAGACAGUCAGCGACGCUAACAGCUAACAGGAGAAGCAGCGGCAGCAGCAGAGGCAGCAGCAGAGGCAGCAGCGGCAGAGGCAGAGGCAGCAGCGGCAGAGGCAGAGGCAGCAGCGGCAGAGGCAGCAGUAGUAGUCAUGGCUGAGGCCGGAGCCCAUCUGACCUCCACCGCUGUGAAUGAGCAGCCGUCCAUCUUUGAGGUCCUGGCGCAGGAGUCUCUGAUGGAGGCGGUCAGACCGGCACUGAGACACGCUGUCAAGGUUCUGGCAGAGUCCAACCCGUCCCGUUUUGGGUUCCUGUGGCGACGCUUUGACGAGGUCUACCUGCUGCUGGACCUCCUCCUCCAGAACCACUUCCUGUCUCACUGCAGCGCCUCCUUCUCCGAGAACUUCUACGGCCUGAAGAGAGUUUUGGGAGGGCGAGGACCUGUUCCCGUUCGCCUGGGGCUGCGCGGGAAGUCACGCUGGCGCUCUCUUCUUCUCCUCUGCCUGGCGCCGUACCUGCGGGCCAAGCUGGAGGCGACGCUGGCGCGGCAGAGGGACGAGGAGGACUUCUCCAUCCGGCUGGCGCAGACCAGGAGCCAGAGGCUGUACCAGGCGGCCGUGGCGGCGUACCCGUACGUCAGCUCGGCCUGGCAGGCCUGGGUCUUCUGCCAGCAGCUGCUCUUUGUCUUCGGGGUCGCCAGGAGCCAUAACCCCCUGCUGUGGCUGGCCAGGGUCAGACUGGCACGACUUAACGUCCAAGAUCUCAGAGACAUGGAGCUGAAGACCAGCACAAGUGGCAACCCAGCGGAUGGGAGCCUGGUGCAGAGAGCAUGGUGGUUGAUGUCACAGGCGGCGCGUGGCGCGGCCGUGUCCCUCUCCACCUCCCUCUCGCUGGGCGUCUUUUUCCUGCAGUUCCUGGAGUGGUGGUACUCCUCAGACAACCAGAGCACUGUGAAAAGCCUCACCUCCCUGCCCGCUCCUCCACCCCCCCUCCACCUGCAGCAGCAGGAGGAGCAGAGCGGUCGGGACUCCCCGUCCAUACCGGCCGACCGCAUCAAAGAAACUCAGCCUCCCGGCCCCGACAGCAGGAACUGCCCGCUGUGCCGGAGGCUACGCGCGAACGCCACGGUGCUGUCCACCUCCGGCUUCGUCUUCUGCUACCGCUGCAUCUACAUGUAUGUGAAAGCCAACCGCCGCUGCCCGGUCACCGGCUAUCCCACCGAGCCACAACACCUCAUCAAGAUCUACUCACCGGAGAGUUAGACUGUAGUCGCUCUCCGACUACGAACUCUCUCAGAAAGACAGGAAGUGGCCUUGUUUUUAAAAAGAAUUCAUUAGCAGUGAGUCAGCUAGUUUCUACAGAGCCCCACAUACAUUUUUUUUCCUAGGGGUCUAGGGGGGCUCCGUAAGUUUCCCUCUGCAGCUGAGUGCUGGAUGUGUGUCUAAUGUCUGCAGCGCUCUGUCGUUUUUGGGAUAAGCACACUGUGUUUUUCUUUUGUAUAAAACAGGCUCUCCAAUGUACAUAUUGUUUGAUAAAUUGUUCGGUGAUGCCAGCUGAUUGAGAUGUGCUGCAGGAGUUUUCUCUCUGCUCACAUCACAUUUAAUAUUUAUAAAUUCAUUCUUAAAUUGUUUCCUCAGUGGCAUUGUGUUGUUUUUUGUCUCUACUCCAUGUAUGGUGACUUGGUGGCAACAAAAUGUUAGCAGCUAACUUAGCCAGGGUCAGGCUGGUGAUUGAAUGGCUCCCUCUGUAUCUCACCAUCAGUAACCUGAUGCAGAUCAUUUUUUUAAAGGCUGAUUCCAGUUUGAGGAUAUUUAACUGACUAAUAAAAAAA